CAAUGGACGCCACCUGCAUUCAUUAAUCUUAAUUUAUUCUUACCGACUGGAGCUUCCUCCUCCUCCCCGUGCCGGUGUAGGACUGGCUAUGCGGUCACUGCUCAGGUGAUCUCAAAGGAAACGCCGUGAUCCCUUAUAGAAUUCAUCCAAUUGGUGGCCAUGGGAGGUUUUCAGCCCUCAUCAUUGCAGGUUGCAUACUGUUUCGGCACUUUAUGCUGCGGUAACGUCCUGUUCAAUAUGCCAGCCGAGACCUGGGCUUCAGCAAAAUGCUGCAGAUCCACAACCUGUCGCCGAAGCCACCGACGCCCUUCCUGCUGGGGAUCGAGAAGAAAAGUAAAGAGGGCAGUGCUGCGUUGUUGAACAUCUAAGGGUACGAGAGAUGAGGACCCCCGCAAUCGUCUAAGUCGAGAUUCCGGACAGGGUUGGCCAUAUAUAGAGAUGGUUGGGUUUUCGUAUGUUUGGUGUACUUUGCUAUUUUCCUCAUGCGGACAGAACUAAGUCAGAAUAAGCCAUGUCAAAUUUUGAAACGAAGUAUCAAGCCGGCGAGGCGUACGGAGAUGACGAUAAGAAGUCUGAUAUCUUUGCUGAUCCACUGAAGCUUGCAAACGAUAUCUUGAAAGACUGUAGUGGCAUUCGGAAAGAGGCGUCUCCUAAGCAAAUCGCUGAUCUCCUCCAGGAACUAGUAUCAAAGGGACCUCUUGAUGACAAAAAGGGAAACACCGAACUCUUGAUCGGAAUCCUUACAUCCCUACCCUCCGAUUCCGACAUCAGGACUCAGCUCACCAACACGCUCAUUGACACCCUUUGGGACAAUCUUCAACAUCCGCCACUGAGCUACCUCGGCGGUGAUGUCAAGUAUGAGGUUGUCAACUCUCAAGAGUCUCAGAACUCCAACCCUAAGACUUACGACUCCAUCGAGUUCAAGGUACCGGACAGCGACGUCACCCUGCGCGAGCAUGUCCCCCAAGCACCCGAUGGUCUUCAUCAUUACCGGACGCCUGAUGGAAGCUAUAACAAUCCAAUCCAACCCAACCUAGGAAGGGCAGGCGCUCCCUAUGCCAAGACGGUCAGGAACACCAAACGUCUUCAUGGUGUCAAGCCUGAUCCGGGUCUGCUAUUCGACCUGCUGAUGGCUCGUGAUGAUCAGCAUUUCAUAGAAAACCCAGCUGGCAUUUCAGCUAUGUUCUUUUAUCACGCGUCCAUCAUCAUUCAUGAUAUUUUCCGCACGAACCGUACAGACCCUAACAGGUCCGACACGUCGUCAUAUCUUGACCUAGCACCUUUGUAUGGCUCGUCUCUCAAGGAUCAGUUGGAGAUCCGUACUAUGCAGGGGGGUAAGCUGAAGCCUGACACCUUCCAUGAGAAACGGCUACUCGGGCAACCUGCGGGAGUCAAUGUUAUGCUAGUCCUCUACAGCCGUUUUCACAACUACGUCUGCGAUGUCUUGCUGCAGAUCAAUGAGAACGGCCGGUUCACGCUUGAGUGUGACGGGAAGGACAAGCCUACUCCGGAGGAGAGGGCCCGAGCUCUUGCUAGACAAGACCACGAUCUCUUCAACGUGGCUCGUCUAAUCGUCGGCGGGCUGUACGUAAACAUAUCCCUACACGACUACCUCCGCGCCAUCACGAACACGCAUCACUCCAAGAGUGACUGGACUCUGGAUCCACGUGUCGACAUUAAAGCGUUUGAUGGCGAAGGUGCACCGCGCGGAGUCGGCAACCAAGUCAGCGCCGAGUUCAACUUGCUGUACAGGUUCCAUUCGUGUAUCUCCAAGAAAGACGAGCGCUGGAUGAACAACUUCUUCCUUAAGCUGUUCCCCGAAGGAAAGACGCAGGACUUGUCGACUGUCAGUUUGGAGGAUUUCGGCCUCGCCUUGCUUAAAUUUGAGCAGAGUAUUGACAAGGAUCCUAGCAAGCGCACGUUUGACGACUUAAAGCGCCAGGAAAAUGGUAAAUUCAAGGACGAAGACCUUGUACGCAUUCUCAAGGAGGGAAUGGAUGAUCCUGCCGGCGUCUUCGGUGCCCGCACCAUCCCGAAGGCCCUCAAGAUCAUCGAGAUUCUGGGUAUCAACCAGGCCCGCAAAUGGCAGGUUGCGUCGCUGAACGAAUUCCGGGAGUUCUUUGGACUUAAGAGAUACGAAAAGUUCACCGACAUCAACUCAGAACCAGAGAUCGCCAAUAUCCUGGAGAAGCUAUAUACCGACCCUGAUAUGGUAGAAUUGUACCCUGGUCUUAUGAUCGAGGAUGCCAAACCAAUCCGGAAUACAGGCUGUGGCAUCUCCCCCACCUACUCGGUAGGUAGAGCUGUAUUGUCUGAUGCUGUCACGCUCGUGCGGUCAGAUAGGUUCAACACUCUCGAUUACACGGUUUCGAAUCUGACCAGCUGGGGUUACAACGAGGUCCAGUCUGACAACAAGACUCUGGGCGGGUCGAUGCUAUAUAAACUCAUUCAGCGUGGCGUUCCCGGCUGGUUCCCCUUUAAUUCGGUGGCCGUCAUGCAACCAAUGUACACCAAGAAGGCCAACGAGAAGAUUGCCAAAGAGCUUGGUACUAUGGACCAGUACACUCUCGACGACCCGAAGCCUCCAAGAAAGACAGUCGUGGUUAUGACUAGUGAGGCUAUCAAACAGGUGCUCGGCCAACCCAAGCAAUUUGUAGUGCCCUGGCUUCAGCCCCUCAACAACUUGUUCCCCGGCAAAAAGGAUUUCGGCUGGUACAUGUUAGCAGGUGAUGAGCAGCGUAACUUCGACGAUCGUGCCAAUACGCUGAAGGCGAUCCGCAAGAUCCCGAACUUAAGCACUGCAGUCAACGAGUUCGUACAGCGCGUCGGCUUUAAGCUGAUCGAGAAGGAGAGAUUCACUCUUAAGGAAGGAUUGGAUCAGAUUGACCUGAUCCGCGACGUCGCAAUCCCCUUGAACACGCAGCUUCUCGCCGACCUCUUUUACUUCGACUUGCGUACCGACGAGAAUCCGAAUGGAACUCUCGGUGUUGCCAAGCUGUAUGGAAAACUCCUUGACAUCCGUACCUGGGGCGUGAACAAUACAGACCCGGCCCAGUCCUGGAACCGUCGCCGCCGCGCGCAGGAGGGAGCCAAGGCUGUCAUCGAAUCGACCCGCAAACUCGUCGACGAGGUAGCUCACAACUCUGGCACCCUGUUUAGCCUAGGUUCCAAUGUAGUCAACGACCUAGCCCGGAAGCGCGAUCUCAAGAAAGACUCGCUGCGUUCCUGCGGCUACAAGCUCGUCCAGGAGCUGCUAGCGCAGGGUUACUCGGCCGAGAAAGUGACCGACUCCAUGUGGCUCAACGCCUUCGGUGGCAUCGGCGUCCCAGUUACCGCUUACUAUGAAGUCAUGGAAUUCUUCCUCCGCAAGGAGAACGAACAUAUCUGGAACGAAGUCCAGAAACUCGCGAAGGACAACAACGACGCGGAACUCUAUGCCUACGUAGUCGAGGCUCAGCGUCUCACGAGUACGCAGCGCAACAUGCGGGUCGCGACACAGCCCGCCACGCUCGAAGGAAAGACGAUCGAGCCCGGCAACCUUGUAGUCAUGUUACUUGGCGAGGCCGGACGUAACCCAGCGGAGGUACCUAACCCUCACGAGUUUGACCCGCACCGUAAGACGGAUUCCGUCACCUCUUUCAGCUACGGCCAGCACGAAUGCCUUGCCAAAGAGAUAGCCCGGUCCUUCAUCACCGGAAUGGUGAAGCUCGCGGCCGACCUCAAGGAACUGCGUCCGGCGCCUGGCGAGAUGGGUAAGGUAAAGACAAUCAAAGUGGGCACCGACACAAACUAUCUCAACGACAGCUGGUCCUACCUUUGCUUCGAAGCUAGUACUUGGAAACUUCAUUUCAACGGCCGAGGAUUGGGUAAUUACCAGGGCAAGGAUCAGCCGGGUGCCACUCCGGGUUUGCUCCAGUACUACCACACGAUUCAGAAACGCAAGGCUAAGUUGUUGGGUUCUUGAAUUGAUCCAGAUCGGAAAUGGAAUUAGUCUGAGUUGAACGAAGUAAGCUCGUCUAAGUAUGCGUUUAGGUGAAUUAGAAACCAUUCCUUCGUUUGGCUCAGGGGGUCAAGCUAAACAAAUCAAAAUUCCAUAUUAUGCAUAAUGCCAUUGUCUUGAUGCUUCUCAAUGUGACAUUUUCAUUAUUCGAUUGAAACAAAUGAGAUAAUCAUAGAGAGAAAGU